UCUGCUACUGUCUCUGCUCGCUCCGGUCGACAAAUUCGAAUGCCAGCGCGGUAUACGGAUUAUGUCCCGGGGACAGCAACCCACUUAGCACAUAUGCCCCCUACUUCGCGUCAGGCACGUGGCCAGCCCGCUGCGCCAUCUCCUCCAGCACCCAUUCCCAACUCACCUAACGAGGAACGAGGAACCCCCCCUGCUGAUGUUCAAGAACAGCCCACACUCAUCCCUUACCAGACAGCACCAGAUGAGUUGGGACUUUUCCGCAUAUAUGCGCAACGUCCCACUCUGAUCCCGCACCGAGAUCAAAGCCUUGAUGCGAUCGCUGAUGCUCCUACCUUCGAAACGCAAGGCGACCCUAAUUUGGAUCGAUCACACAUCGUUCCUGGACUUCCCUCCCAGGAUAUCCAACCCGAUGAUAUCUUCUCUGGAUUCAGUAGCCCCACUGCGGGGCUUCUCUUUUGCUGGCAAUACUCCGGAAUAAAUUCUAAAGAAGACGCUCGAAAUUACGACGAUGUACGUGAGAAGCGUCUUCUCGGGGAUUAUCUCAAGGAUAAGUCAAAUCCAUUCCGUGUCGAAAACGGCUGGCGCAGCUCCUCAGUCAAAAUUCGCCUACCCAAGGAAAGGGAGAAGUUCCCAUCAGAAGACGAAGCCCCGGAAAUGGAGAUUCCGGGCAUUUAUCACCGCUCCAUCACUGACAUCAUCGCAUCUGUCUUCGAGGACAGUGUCGCGUCCACCUUCCAUAUGACGCCCUUCCAGCAGCUAUGGAAGGUGUCAGAGGAGCAUACCGUGAACGUAUAUGGCGAGGCAUAUUCUUCGCCCGCGUUCAUUGAGGCCUAUGAAGAGAUCAAUGCACUUCCCCGCGAUCCCGAUGACGAUCUUGAGCGUGUUGUUGCAUCGCUCAUGAUGUGGUCAGAUGCGACUCAUCUCGCAAGUUUCGGUGAUGCUUCUCUCUGGCCCGUCUAUUUGCUUUUCGGCAAUCAGUCCAAAUAUACUCGAGGCAAACCAACAGCGUCCGCAUGUCAUCAUGUAGCGUAUAUUCCUACUCUUCCAGAUAAUUUUCAAGAUAUCUACAUCAGUAUAUUUGGCGAGGCCUCUUCAAAUGAUACCUACACUCAUUGUAAGCGCGAGUUGAUGCAAGCUAUCUGGGCGCUUCUGCUCGAUGAAAAGUUUAUGCACGCAUAUAAGUAUGGUGUUGUCAUUCGAUGCGGAGAUGGCAUCACAAGACGUGUAUUCCCUCGUUUCUUUAGUUAUUCUGCAGACUAUCCUGAAAAGUAA